CGCCGGGGCCGCGGGUGCUGGGGACAGAGUCGCGCCUGGUCGCCGGGGCUCCGGUGCUGGGGACAGAGCCGCGCCUGGUGGCCGGAGUCCCGGGUGCGGGGGACCGAGGAUGCUGGCGGCGCUGCGCGGGGCGGGCGCGGUGCUGGCGCGGGGCUGCGGGCGCCGCGUGGGGGCUCGGCCCGGCCCGUCAGUGUCCUGGGCCCGAGCCGCCGCGACCCUCGGCCGCCAGGACUGCAAUAACGGCUGCCUGGCAGAGUACGCGGGAGAAGGCGGAUCCAAGGAUGCGUGGGAGACGUUCAAGGCGAAGGACCUGGUCGUCACCCCGGCUUCCAUCUUAAAGGCGAAGCCAGACCCCAGCACGCUGGUCUUCGGGACGGUGUUCACAGACCAUAUGUUAACGGUGGAGUGGUCCUUGGAGUUCGGGUGGGAGAAGCCGCACAUCAAGCCGCUCCAGAACCUGUCCCUGCACCCCGGCUCCUCAGUGCUGCACUAUGCGGUGGAGUUGUUUGAAGGGCUGAAGGCGUUCCGAGGCGUGGAUGGUAAAAUUCGCCUGUUUCGGCCGAAGCUCAACAUGGAGCGAAUGCAUCGAUCCGCCACGAGGGCCACCUUGCCGGGGUUCGACGAGGAGGAGCUUCUAGAGUGCAUUAAACAGCUCGUGAAGCUGGAGCAGGACUGGGUCCCCCACUCAACGUCCGCCAGUCUGUACAUCCGUCCCACCUUCAUCGGAACCGAGCCUUCUCUCGGGGUCAAGAAGCCGACCAAGGCCCUGAUCUUCGUCAUCCUGAGCCCCGUGGGACCCUAUUUUGCCAGUGGAACCUUUAAUCCGGUGUCGCUGUGGGCCAACCCGAAGUACAUCCGGGCCUGGAAGGGGGGCACCGGGCACUGCAAGAUGGGAGGGAACUACGCGUCCUCUCUGUUCGCCCAGUGCGAGGCGGCCGAGAACGGGUGCCAGCAGGUCCUGUGGCUCUAUGGGGAGGACAAUCAGAUCACUGAGGUCGGCACCAUGAAUCUCUUUCUCUACUGGACCAACGAGGACGGAGAAGAAGAGCUGGCGACCCCUCCGCUAGAUGGCAUCAUCCUCCCGGGCGUGACCCGACAGAGCAUCCUGGACCUGGCGCGCUCAUGGGGGGAGUUUAAGGUGUCGGAGCGGUACCUGACCAUGGGCCAGCUGACGGCGGCGCUGGAGGGCGGCCGGGUGCGGGAGAUGUUCGGCUCGGGGACCGCCUGCGUGGUCUGCCCGGUCUCCGAGAUCCGGUACGAGGGCCAGACUCUCCACAUCCCCACCAUGGACCACGGGCCGAAGCUCGCAAGCCGGAUCUUGGAGAAGCUGACGGAUAUUCAGUACGGAAGAGAAGAGAGUGACUGGACUGAGCUGGUGUCCUGAGUGCGCCGUCCCGGGCCACCUGUGUGCUGCUGGGCCAGACCCAACUGCUGCUUUGGACUUAGGAUAGAUUUCCCUGGUUCCGUGUCUGUAGUUGUGCUUCAGUGUAGCUUGUCUGUCUCCAGCCGGUGAUGGCGUCCUCGGGUUGGAGAAAAUGAACUGCAUUCCUCAAAUGGUGUCUCGCAAAUUUGGUAGUAGAAAAUCACCUCACCUUUCUCGUAGAAAGACAGAUGAUUGUCCAAGCCACAGAGCCUAGAAUUUCCCUCCAUGAUCUAGUGCCUGUCUUCAUCCUUCAUGGCGACAUCAGAAGGUCUCCUUGUCCUUUUGGCAUAAAUUAUGUUCUGCUUUUUAACCAAAUGAGCGUUUCUGGGUUUGCAAGUUGAUUUGAGUAAAGUGCGUAGGUAACAUUUCCAGAUAUUCAACUUCAUCCUUGAAAAGCGUCUUUUUUUUUUAAAAAAAAAAAAUCAAGAUGGAAAAACUGGGUAGCUGCCAUCACCUUGUCUUGUAGGGGCUUCAGCCCACCCGGAGGGAAUGCUGACUCUUCUUCCUGGUGUCCCAGUGGGCACCCUGGCGGGUGCCAGCUGUCCUGUGACCUUUCCAUCUGUGCAGUCACCAGCUGUGUGUCACGUGCCAGAAUAAGAUAGAGGACUCCCUGUGGGGCCCCAGUGCUGGGCACACGCAGGGCAAAGUGUGAGCGAGUGAACACCAAAUUUCUGUGGAAGCGUGCCUUCUUUCCUUCUCUGUCACGGCACCUCUGCCUGAGGGCGGCGACUGUCUACACUGCAUCUUCACCUCUGUGUUAGAGCAGGUAGCUGUCUACACUGCUCUUCACCUCUGCGUUAGAGGGGGUGGCUGUCUACACUACAUUUCACCUCUGUGUUAGAGUGGGUGGCUGUGUACACUGCAUUUCACCUCUACGUUAGAGGGGGUGGCUGUCUACACUACAUUUCACCUCUGUGUUAGAGCGGGUGGCUGUCUACGCUGCAUUUCACCUCUGCAUUAGAGGGGGUGGCUGUCUACACUGCUUUUCACCUCAGACGAUCUUUCUUCAUGGGCUGACUACUGGUGUGUCGGAGGAAUUACCCCGCAUAUGAAGCCUGUUUUGGCGAGGAAGCCCCGACUCCAGGAGAAAUUAGAAGGUUGGGGAGCCACACCGACCAGGUGGAAACGGGUACCUCAGGUGUCAAGUUCAGCCCAUCACCCCAUUUCCUGUGGGGUGGGAGACCCAGGGCUCUAUUCUGGGUCUCCCCCUCCGGGGAUCAGGGGGCACAUGCUUGGGGCCGGGGGGAGCAGGACGAGGGGGUACGUUCCUAGUUUCAGAGCUGAAGGUUAAAGUUGUGCUUGGCUUUUCCUAGGGGCGAUCUUGGCUGACUUACGUUUGGGUGGUCUUAUAUUCUGGUCCUAUAAUCUGCUUUCCUUCCACCCUCUUUCCUUUCGUUCUUUUUCUUUUCCAUCCUGAUUACUUUCAUCUUACUGCUCUGAGUUUAUUCUCUCCUCAGGGCAAAGGGGGAAACAUUCUGAAUGUUCCAGGCCUCAGCUCGGACCACUUAACUCCUCCUAGUGGUGGGCUUCGGUUUUUCCCCAGACUUUCACUUAUAGGGUCCUUGCCUGUCGGGGAGGGCCGUGUGUGCUGAGAGCAGGGGGCACCCCCCUGGGGGCCUGAAGCCCUCAGAGGCCUUGGGAACUUUGUCCUCUCUACACAAGGGGUGUUUGAAGAGAACCUUUUUUUCCUCGGCUAAGUCCCGUGGCCUCAUUGUUAGCACAGUAGACUAGAAAAGCCUUCUGUGUGAUCUGAAGCUGUGAAGUAGAACCUACUUGCAAAACUCACAUUCUUACUGGAAGUGGAAAUCCUUGCUUGCCAUAAAUACAGUUGUGACUUCACCUCUCUGAGUUUAGUGCCUGAAGACAUAUCCAUUGUUAAAAAAAAAAAAAAUCACAGGACAGCAUUUCUAGAAUUAUCUGUCAUUUCGCUCUUAAAAUUUUAAGAACAUUUCACAUAUUUUAGUGAAGACUAAGGAUUAAGUUUCUUCUUCUUUUUUUUUAAUGGAGUUUUCAGGUCCAGGAUAUAACUCUGCAACUCAAGUGGUAAACAUGUGUCUUAGAUGUGUGGGGUCCUGGCUUCGAUCCCUGGUACCUCAAGGCCCUCGGCACUCUGCUCCGUAUUAUUCCCCCACCUCCACCCCUAAAACUGGUCUCCUAAUACAUCGAACAUAAUCUGCUAUUCCUGUAAAAGCAGUAAGGCAGGAAAUUGACCUUGCUACUAACUUGCUAAAUAGAUUUAAAAGGAACAUCCGAGAGUCUUUUUUCCGUGUGCACUGUUUGUUUAAUUGCAGUGGAUUAAGACAGCAAGGGUGGCACAUUAUAACUAGGCAAUUAUCCAUUCUUCAAGAUUUAGUUAUCGUCGCACUAAUUGAUCAUUUAAGACGUAAGAUAGUCUAGCAUUAGGAACAUGUGAGACUAAUCUGCUCAGAAAGAUCAACAAAUUAAUAUUGUUGUGGAUAUUUGCAUAAUUGGCUGCAAUUAUUUAAUGUUUAAUUGGGUUGAUCAAAUGAGAUUCAGCAAUUCACAUGUGCAUGAAUAUAAACAGAACUGGUACUUAAAAUGAUAAUGAUUAACUUAUUUUGCACGUUCCAUUCCUCCCACUUUUCCUGGUAUUUACGUUUCAGAUGAAAGUUUGUCAGCUUUUCCCCCAAAGCACAUGAGGGGAAACCAAGAGUUUGAAACGAAGGGGUCAGCGAGAGACAAGCCUGACCGUUUCCUGCAGACACAAUUUCAAACGUUGGCUGUCACUCGCAAUUCCCGGGGCCACCUACUUUGACCUUUGCUUUCGAACAUUAGCAAAGGGAAAGGAGGAUGGAAAUAAAUGGCUGAGAAGUUGUCAGAAUCCCCUUUCUCCUGGUGAACACUCCAGCCUCCUCUUCUCCAAGAUUGCUGUCAGGUAAAACGCCUUCCUGAGCAGCAAGCCAGCCCUGGUAGCUUCACUCUUGCACAUUAAUUCGUGUUCUUUUUUCCCCCCACUUUGGCUCUUGGGAGAACUUUAUCUAGGGUCAGAGAGUACAGGGGUCAGCUGCUUGCUGUACAGGCGGCUGAGCCCGGUUCUGUCUUGAGUACCACUUGUAGACCAUCCCCAGGAGUUUCUCCUGAGCACAGAGCCAGGAAUUAUCUGUGAUUGGGCUCAUAAAACUUUAAUAGCAUUUCACAUGUUUGCUCUGAGCACUGCAGGAUGGGCCCCACCCUCACCCCCACCCAAGGGUAUCGAAACGGCUGUAUAUUCCUUCAUCAGAGCGUCCCUGAGCCCAAGAUGGCAAUUAAUGAAUAUAUAAUUGUUGGUUGAGAGAUUUGAAGAACCUUUUUUUUUUUUUUUUGGCUUUUUUGCUUUUUGGGUCAUACCCGGAGAUGCACAGGGGUUACUCCUGGCUCUGCACUCAGGAAUUACUCCUGGCGGUGCUCAGGGGACCAUGUGGGAUGCUGGGAAUAGAACCUGCGUCGGCCGUGUGCAAGGCAAACGCCCUACCACUCCAGCCCCAGAAGCUUUUCUUAAAGCCACAGUUUCAGCCACACUUUGGGGGGCUUGUUGCUCACUGCUCACUGCCCUGUCACUGUGUUCUUUCUCCUUAACAAGCUCCUUUGAAAGAUAUUUCUCAUUUCCUCUGCGUGGGAUGCUAUCUUCAGCAGAGAAUGAAACUUGUUUACUUUGAGUGAGUGGUUUAUUAGAGCCAAAAUCUCUCCCCUGGCUGCCCGAGGCAGAGGGUGUGAUCGGGGGAAUGUCCUCGCACUGCACCAGGCCCCCGUGUCCCUCCUGUCCCGGGAGUUUCUUCUCGUAUGUGUCUGUGCACGAAUUGCAUUCUUGGCCAUUGGAGAGCAGCUGCUUUGUUGGGGCCCGAGUGGGAUUCGUUCAGCUGUCGCUGGGAAGCCUCCCCCUCAAGGAGGCAGAGCCUCCGCUGUCUGGCUGUUUUACCUGCUCACUGACCAAGAUUCUGCGACGGAGGUUAAUUUGGUCCCUUGUUGAUUGAUUACUCACAAAUGUGCAUCUAACCGCGACUAUCGAUAGAGGUUAGGACAUUCGUAUUGGAGAAUAAAGGGUGUGUAGACAUUGGUUGCCUGGAGCUACUACUUUAGUACUUGAAUGAAUUCUUUGCUAUAAAAUCAUAUUUAAUAGACAAUGUGUAGACAAAGAUUCGUCCUCUCUCAAGACAACACAAAGACUUUUCUCCUCACUCUGAGGCCCCGGCCCUUCCUCCCAGGCCUUCCUUCCCUCUAGCGUGCAGCUGCUCAGAGUUUGGCCUAACUCGGCCCCUCCUAUGUGAUCUGAGUCUCUUGGGUCGCUUCUGGGCCUCCGAGCUUGUAUAUGGGUCAACUGAAUUAUUUGGAGCACUGUUGAGUUGUCAUGGGACGCCUAAGGAACACCUUCAAUCACAGCGUCUUUGAACAAAGAUAAUGUUCGUAGUGGGAGAUGGUGUGGAAAAUAUCUUUUACGGGUCAGGAUGUUGUAAGAGUUAGCUAGAAGUUGAUUGCUCUAGCCACCCAGAAAAUAACAGGUGCAAGACUGACUUCCGUAAAAAUUAUUUUUUCACAGUAAUUUUUCACUUUAUUGAGGGCAUAAGAAUGACUGGAUAAAGUGUUUCAAAGGGGGAGCUGGAGGCGUAGUGCAGCGGGGAGGGCGUUUGCCUUGCACAUGGCCAACCCACAUUCGGUUCCCGGCACCCCUUAUGGUCCCUGAGCACUGCCAGGGUAAUUCCUGAGCUCAGAGCCAGGAGUAACCCCUGAGCAUUGGUGUGCCCCUCCAAACAAAACACCCCCCCAAAAUUGCAGAUUUGUUAUCAUUGCCAAAAUAUCAAUUUAAAAAUAGAAAGGUAGAGAAAAGUGAUUUAUUUUUUCAUCUCCAGCCAGCAUGCAUACCAUUCUAGAAGACUUUUUUGAUAUUAAUUUGGAAAGGUUGAUACUGAAACAUACCAAGAGGGUAUAGUACUAUUUGUGGGCAAGUCAGUCCCUGGGACCGUCGAUCUGUAAACACAUUUGCUUUCGACAUGGAACUCAGCUUAGACGGUGAAAUGGCCAAAACAUCUUUUGGCUAAGAGCAAAGAAGUGUCAUCUUAUUGUGUGAAAGCAUAUAUUUUUCAUUUUGCCGUAGAUACCAUGAUAUAAGGCUUAAACCUUGAGCUGCGUGAUGUUUAUUAUAUAGAAUUCCAAGGUGAUCGAAGUGAUCAUUUGUCAGCUGUGGAAUUGGGAAUGAAUGAAAGAAAAUGCAGUUUCACUGACUGAUUUCUUUCACAAUCCUCCUUAUUGAAUUCAGGAGAGAAGAUUCCAGGGAAAAGACCACAGCAGGCAGAGACAGAACGGAGUGAUAGAAUUAGGUGAAAAAAGGAGAUUUGCUUCAAGCCUGAAAUGUGGUUCAGCAAAGACCACUUAACCUUGCAUGAGAUGUGAGAGCCUGGGUUUGAUUCCCUGCACUGUAAAUAAAGAAGAGAUUUCUCUCUGGAUUCUCCCAGAAGCUUCUCCCAUAAGUGCCAGGCACCUCUCGGUGUCGAUGACAAAUAUAUACAGAGCCCGAUCAGGAAGGGAUGGGGUAGAACGGGCAGCUCAUUAGAUGGUAGAUUUAGACUCUGACCUCCAGGGAAUAAUCUGGUAGGUCAUGAAAUACAAACUAUUUCAGAUUACGACCAAUUGGGAUAGGACUUUAUUUUAUAAUUAUAUAGUUAACAAGAUGUGUUAUACCAUUUCUUCAGACCUUUGAUUGAGAGAUGUCUAAAGCUUCUUGAGGUGGAAAAAAAAAAUAAGUCAUCAGUAGAUUCAGGGUCUCCCCUCCUUUGGAAGCCUCAUCUUCUUUUCUUGAUGAAGGUUAGCCGAUUUGAAAUUAGAUAUAUCUGUUAUCAUUUCUUCUAUUAUUAUUAUUAUUAUUAUUAUUAUUAUUAUUUUGGUUUCUGGGUAAUACCCAGUGGUGUUCAGGGCUUUUUCCUGCCUCUGCCCUCAGGUUUCACUCCUGGUAGGGCUUGGAGAGCCAUGGGGGGUGCCAGGGGUUGAAUUCAGGUUGGCUGCAUGUAGCCAAAGUGCUAUGCCCACGGUACUACUUCUUGUGCCCACGAUUUAGUUUUUGAGUGAGAAUGUAUGACAAUGUACUGCACUUUCCUCAAGAAACGUCUACCAGCGUCCCCUAAGUCAUUCUCAGGGUUAUGAAAGGAAUAUCUGACUCAUUGUUUCUGCCUCACUGACCAGCUUCCGGCCACAGGAAUUCUCUGGAGAGUACGGCUGCAGGUAGAGUUGAGGUCUGAGGAGAAGAGAACUACCUGAGGUCUCUGUUCUGCAUUUGUUUACCAGUCACUUGGGAGUGAUUGCGCCCUGCUGCCAACUGGCUGCUCCCUGGCGUUAAUGUCUGACGUGGAGGGAUGUGUGCUGGCUUGAUACAGUGGCUGAGGGAAGAGAAUUGUUGGAGAAAAUAGCCUUUAAGUUGACAGCAGUGGGAGAUUACCAGCUCGGCUAUUAAUUUUUUUUUUUUUAACAUAUUCUCUUGUAUCUAAGUGAAAUGGUGAUGACAUAACCCGCCAUUGCUGGCCUCAAACAUCUCUGGUGAUGAGUGACUCUUGAGAUGCUCUUUAAGAGAAAUCAAGUGGUGGGAAACAAAACUUUGUAAAUAAGGUUUGGCUUUCAUGAACAAUGGCUAAAGGCCGUUAAGGAUUUCUGCUCACUGAAAACCCGAUGAUGAAAUGUGAAAAUAAUGGGUAAAGGAAACUACCUCAUUCUCCGAUGGUUUGUCGAAGCACAAUUAAAUGUUUGGCAGGGCUUUGUUCCCUAGGAACUGUCUGGCGUGAAAGAAAUCUAUGUUUGUAAUGUCAAAGGACCCGGAGCCGUUGUGUUUUGCUGGCAGUAGACACAUUCUCUAUUGUUUGCGAGUUUCUCAUCAAAUCACAGUUCCGCUGUUGCUGUUGUCAAUAAAAUGACUUAAACUCC